CGCCACCAUCAUAAACCAGAGCAUACGAUAUAUUGAAUUUAAAGACGACAAUUUUCUGCCAUUGUUCGUUUUGAUAGAAAACGCAUAGGUCAUGUCGUACAGAGAUAGAAGAGAACACAAAGAGCGGUUCGGCGAUAUGGAUGAUCCACCAAACAGUCGCCUCUUCAUAGUCUGUAGCAGGGAUAGCAAGGAGGAGGAAUUUCGCGAGAUAUUCGAGAAGUACGGCAAAGUCGAAGACAUAUGGAUCGUCAGAGACAAACAUAGCGGAGAACCAAAAGGUGUUUGCUACGUGAAGUUCUCUAAGUCUUCAGAGGCUGCGCUGGCCAUGGAGGAGAUGCACGGAAGAUGCGUGGGCCAGAAUCCGAAACCCAUUAAGUGCAUGAUCGCCACUAACCGCGCAGAGGGAUCGAAGAGAGAUGCUCCGAACGAGGAGGGUAGGAUGUACAGACUAUUCCUCAUCGUGCCGAAAAGCCACACGGAAGAGGACGUCAGGGAACAUUUCAACAAGUUUGGUGACAUCGAUUAUGUGACAAUCAUCAAGGAUAAGUCGACUGGUGACCCAAAGGGCUUCGCUUAUGUGAAGUUCCACAAGGCAUCUCACGCGGCACUGGCACUGGAGAACUGCGACUCGUCAUACAGACCGAAAUUUGCCGACCCCAAGUUUUCUGCGGGAUGGCGAGAGCGGGACAAGAGGGAUAACAAGGAUUACGAUUCACGUAGCCAAUAUUCCGAAGCGUACGGUCACAGCCACAACCAAAGCCAGCAGCCGGACUGGUCGAUGUACGGCGUCGGCACGGGACAGCAGCGGCUUCAACGUUCUCGUCUCCUCCUCCGUCACUACGAGCAGGUCUACCGACUCUUCGACCUCAUCCCUGGCCUCGAAUACUGCGACCUCAAGACGGAUGCUAACACCGGCAAGUCGAACGGCUACGCGAUCAUCAAGUAUAGCUCGGGACAGGCGGCGACCUACGCUCGCGAGAAGAUGCACGGGUUUGAGUACCCGCCCGGCUCGAAGCUCAUCGUCAAGUACAACGACGAGGGCGACCCCUGGUCAUCCGACGGGUCGGGAAACAUGAACCCAGAAGUGGCCAAUCAGCUUCAGGGGCUGGCCAGUGCACUCCAUCAAGCUACUGGGAUCCUGAAAGCUGCUGGGUUACCUGUUCCGGACAAUCUGCGGCAGGUUGAGAGCAUGGAAACCCUUCCAAGCUACAACACAACCUCUUACAGCACAACAGGCAGCAUGACCCCUGGUUAUUGCUCCGCCCCGCUUCCCGGACCCCCCCUCCCCCUCGCCGACAUCAAAACCCCGGAGGAGAUUCGAUUGUUCCUCGUCUUUCAUCCGGAGCCGCCGCCGCUGUACACUCUGAAAGAUGUGUUCAGUAGGUUUGGAGAUCUGAUUGAGGUGUACUGCGUGGGACAUCGUAACAUCGGCUACGCAAAGUACGCGUCGCGCGAGGCCGGUGAGAGAGCCAUGGCAACGCUGCACAUGCAAGAGAUAUGCCACGUGAGGAUGAAGGUUCUGGAGGCAGACCCGCCGAGCGAGAACUCGGCGCGCAAACGCCAGAAGCUGUAAAUCGGCCUAGACGUUGAAAAAGAUGACUAACCAGACAAGACGGAUGUGUCAACCGACGAUUUGAUGACGCAUCAACGCUUGUCACACGUUUACUGAACUUUACUGAAGACCAAGACACGUCGAACGCUACUUGAUGUGACGCGGACACAACCGGUCCACGAAUUACGAAACAACGUCACGUGACGACGAUGACGACGACGACGACGUCGUCUCUGCAGAGAUAUUGACAGCUCUCAUGCACAGUGAGAGUGACCUUCGACAGUGACUGUGGACGGUUUUUCUCGAAGUGACGACAUUCGUCCGCUCUUAAAACCGACUACGGAGCAUCUGUUACGAGCAUAACCGUACUGCUUGCAUGCCUCACUUGUAAUGCUGUCAAAUUCAGCCAAAUUUGCAUCCAUCAUUGGUUAAACAGGAAACAAGUAAUUGCACAAAAAUAGUUGGCUAUACGCAUACAAGUUUAAAGCUAGGGGCUCUCAUACUCAGAUGGCAUUGACGUUUAAUAUUAUGAUGCAUAUUUAUUAUGCAUAGCAAAUACCCGUAAAUUCCAUAUCUGUCUACCUUAUAUAUAGAUAUACGCAUUAAUACAUGUAUACAUAUUUAUGCACUGUGUCUAUAUGAAUGUGCAUAUAGUUAUAUAAAGAUGCAUGCGUGGUUCCACAAGCCACAUAUGUAUGCCAUGUCCUCACACUCGGUGGUAAAAAAAGAUGUGUGAAAGUUGUUUUUUGGAUUAAUUAACCUACAGAGAAGCGAGUGGGAGAUCUGUCUCAUGUUGUCGUAGGCUGUCAACCCAUGUGUAUGCGUGCGUGUGUUAGCAAUGAAACAGACUAGACUACUAGCUCCACCUAAUGGAUGGAAUCGUAAUCUUCAGUGGGACCCGUGUUUGGAUUUUUCAUUGGUACCCCUGAUUCUAAUCUAGAGUAGCUGACGAAAAUUUCGGUUGGCGUUUCUACAAGGAAGAACAGGGAAGUAUAGGGUUUGUUUUAAAGACGAUAAGUGGUUCUGUCAUUAGGUAUAAACCUGGGCCCCGUUGUCAGAAACAAAAUUAGUCUUAACAUUAGUCUUAACACUAACAUUUUCUCGUAGACCGUCGACAGCA